UACACACGGGGCUGGCUUAUAUGCGGAAGUUUCAAUUCCGCUCCCUCCACUUCACUUCGACACUGACAACCGACGGACCCGAGCCACGCUCCUCUCUCUCUCUCUCUCUCUCCGCCUCUCUCCGUACACCAGCCCCGGGUCCACACGCGAGGUGAAUCAUGAGCAGCAGCUACAGUGUCUCCCUGGCUGGCCCUGCCCCCUGGGGCUUCAGACUGCAAGGUGGGAAGGACUUCUGUCUGCCCCUCACCAUCUCUCGGCUGACUGAUGGAGGCAAGGCGGUCCGAGCCAAGAUGAGUGUCGGAGACCUCAUCCUUUCCAUCAAUGGCAUUUCCACCGACAGCAUGACUCACCUAGAGGCCCAGAACAAGAUUAAGGCCUGUACAGACAACCUCAGCCUCAUUCUACAAAGACCCUCCAGUGCCCCUAAAGAGGGAGUGCCUAAGGACGAGCCUCAGGAAAUCAUAAAGCCUGUCCCAAUCACUCACCCCGCCCCGAGCACCGCAUACACCAAGCCUCCGAGUCAGUCCAGUCCUGCGUACAACAAGACAGCUCGGCCGUUCGGCGGGGCCGGCGGUGUGCUUGCAGCUUCCUCCCCAGCCGCCCCCAGGGUGGCCUCCAUUCCCUCCGAAUCCUCCGCUUUUACGCCAGCUGCCCCUUCUCAGCCACCGCAGCCUCCAUUUCUGCUGAAGUCCAGCCACCCUGCUCCAAACUCGACUCCGGCCAACUCAGUUCCCAGGCCCGGCCCUGCUCGCUCAACCUUCACCUCCCCAUCUGCCUCUUCCUGCUCAUCUAACUCCUCCUCCCCAGCCAGAGUGACAGCCCCCUCCUCCCAACCCACUGCCCCACAGCCCUCCGUCUAUAACACACCUUUCAACCUCUACUCUAAUGCCAACGCUUGUGAGGUGGCGAUGGGACAGAGGCGAGGUCUUUUGGAGAGCCAGGGCCUGUCAGAGAACUUCAACGGGAAACCUGUCGUAGAGGUUGAGGAUCAUGCGUCCCCGCUGAGCGAUUCCAGCAAGAAGCGUCUGAUGGAGGACACGGAGGACUGGCACCCGCGGACCGGCACCUCCCAGUCCCGCUCCUUCCGUAUCCUGGCCCAGCUCACUGGCACUGAGAACGAGCAAGCUCCAGAGAACAAUGGAAAGAAUGAGGCGGUUGACAAAGCCGCUCCCGCUGUGCACACGUCGCCUGCACCAAAGACAUAUUCCAAAUCUGCAGGAGCACCCAGGAAUGGCAACGGCGUACCCACUUCCGCAUUCAAGAGCCCUGCAGCCCAGAACAGGCCGUCGUACCAGCCUGGGGGUUCACCAGCUGGUUUAGGUUUUCCAAAGGGCGGAGCAGCUCCUUCGUUUGGCAAAGUCACCAGUCCUGCUCCCAGAGGUCCCGACCGCCCCACCCCACAGCCCCACCCGGAGGACCUCAACUCUCUGGUGCAGCGGGCCGAGCACAUCCCAGCCGGUAUGCGCACCCCGAUGUGCGGCAAGUGCAACACUGUCAUAAGAGGCCCGUUCCUUGUGGCCAUGGGCAUGUCGUGGCACCCCGAGGAGUUCAACUGCGCUCACUGCCACUCGUCCCUGGCAGACCGGGGAUUUGUGGAAGAGAGGGGCCAGGUGUACUGCGAGUGCUGCUACGAGCAGUUCUUCGCCCCCACCUGCUCCCGCUGCAACCAGAAGAUUCUGGGGGAGGUCAUGAAUGCCCUGAAGCAGACCUGGCAUGUGUCUUGUUUCGUCUGCACCGCCUGCCAACAGCCAAUCAGGGGCAACACGUUUCACAUGGAGGAUGGACAGCCAUACUGCGAACAAGACUUCUAUAACCUGUUUGGGACCAACUGCCACGGCUGCGACUUCCCCAUCGAGGCGGGCGACAAGUUCCUGGAGGCCCUGGGAUUCACCUGGCACGACACCUGCUUCGUGUGCACAGUCUGCUCCGCCAGUCUGGAGGGUCAGGGAUUUUUCUCCAAAAAAGACAAGCCCCUGUGCAAGAAACAUGCCCAUACUGUCAACCUCUGAUUGACCUCCGGGAAAAAUGAGCAGGGCAGCGGUGUCACUUUACACAAAUCUAUAUCACAGUCAGAUGUUGAAUAUUUUCAGAAUGAAAACUUAUCUGAUUUAUCGGUGUGUAUUCUGCUAGGAUAAGUUUGGAUCAGAGGUUUUUCCCCUGUAAGCUUUAUUUUUUACUCUGGUAUUGUUUUAAUUUCACUUAAGUCUGUCAGGGUGGCUAUGCAGGUGUACAAUUAAAUACGCUCUUUGCCCUUAAUGCCAGUUCUAUGUUUCUGUGCAAGUGGAUUUUUAUCACACGUGUUUUUGCUGGGCUUUUUAUUUGAGCGGGGUGAAUGUGUUGCGCUCUCGAUGGGCAUUUCCUGUUUAACACAGGAUAUGAUACAUGUAGUUUACUGCAAUGACCUACUGAGCCCCUCACCGUCAUGUAUUUGAGAAGCUUUCGACGUGUACAGCUCUGCCGCGUGUCCGUGAAGCAGGUGCAAGAUUUAGAAGUGAGUUUUUAUUUAAGGAAAAAAAAUAUAUAUUUAUUUGAAAGCAUGGGCCUCUCGGUCAAUGUGUUGUAGCAACACAAAGACUUCGGGGCAUCAAGCCCUCAGAAUAAGAAGAAGAAAUGGUAAAUUUCUUAUUGGGCUAUUAUUGUUUUAAAUUCAUUUGAUAUUUAAUCAUUCCCAGUAAAUGAAAGAACAAAUUGGUAAUGUGAAUAAAUAAGACUCUGCAUAGAUCCUGCUUUAUGGUUAAUGCAUGAAAAUGAUGAGGAUAAAAUUCAGCCCUGAAGUAUUUUGAAAGGGCAAAGUAACGGUGUAACAGAUCAAGUAGUGAAGUCAUCUUGUUUAUGUUCAUUUUCAAAUGCCAAAAAAUGCAUGAGCAACAUGGUUAAUGAAGUGAUUAACUGCAUGAAAAUGCAAUUCAUUUUAAUUCUCUGUUGACCUGAUUCUGAAAAAUCACAUUGAGGAACAAAGCCCUCAUCUUUUGGCAGCGUGUCUGCCAUAUUCCACCCGUCAGGACCUUGUGGUGUCAUAUUUGCUCUCGCUGAUUAUGUUUUUAUGAUGUUUGGGUAGAAUUCAGUCAAUCAACAUGAAACAAUUUUUAUUUAUUCCUGCAGAAGCUUUCCAUUUGUCUUAGAGAUAAUUUCUAUGUAUAGAAAGAACAAAAACAGUUUGUGUAAUGGAUAUUUUGUCAUUGUGCACAAAUCAGCACUUCUCCUCUCACUUUCAUUUCAAAUAAAAGUGUUCAACAAUGAACAGCGCAAAUCAAA